UUGAAAAAAGCAAAUGAUACAAUCUUGAAUGUAUUCCGUUUAAUACAUUCAUUGCGCAAUAUCUAUGAUGAAAUCAAGGGGUAAUGUACGCAGAUUUCUCCUACACAUUAAAAGAUCGGCGGCGAUACAAGCAACAGGGGUAGCUUCCGAUUGGAAACUAACUGCUAAUUAAGAAAAAAGUAAAUCCUGUAUUUACUUUCUUUUUCCGCCCUUUUUUCUUUGCUUCACUCGAUUUCAUUUAUUUCGAUAAAAAAAAUUAUAAUUUAAAACAUAACGUAGAAGUAAAAAAAAAAGAUUCUUAUCUUUUCUAGAAUCAUCAUAGUCGUAGUUAGUAAGUAAGAAAGUAAGAGUAACAUGUCGAACCAGAGACGCGUAUGUGGUUAAUAAAUCGUCACAGGCUCACAGCUUUGUAUUUUCUAAACGUAGGAGGGUAAGCCAAUCGGGUAGCUCGUAUCACAAGACAAAAUUCGUCGUCCAACGUCCGAUUGGAUGGUACGUACCGCGGGCUUACGUGCCUCUCGCAAUUUAAUUUCUAGGGGGUAGGGACAAGGGAGCCCGUGACUCGGAGAGCGUCCACUGCCAUCGAAGUACAAGGAAGCGGAUAGCGUUGGCUCUCAGCUUCUUGCGUAAAUUUUCCUUCUAGGGAUUAAACCAUGGCACGUACAAAGCAAACAGCCCGUAAAUCAACUGGUGGGAAAGCUCCCCGCAAACAAUUAGCUACAAAAGCAGCCCGUAAAAGUGCACCUUCCACAGGAGGUGUUAAAAAGCCUCACCGUUAUAGGCCGGGUACAGUUGCUCUUCGAGAAAUCAGAAGAUAUCAGAAAUCUACUGAGUUGUUAAUUAGAAAACUACCAUUCCAGAGAUUAGUCCGUGAAAUUGCACAGGAUUUCAAAACUGAUUUACGUUUUCAAAGUGCAGCUAUAGGUGCUUUGCAAGAAGCGUCUGAAGCUUAUUUGGUUGGAUUAUUUGAAGAUACAAAUUUGUGCGCUAUUCAUGCUAAACGUGUUACUAUUAUGCCGAAGGACAUCCAAUUGGCUCGACGAAUUCGUGGCGAACGGGCUUAAAUAAUAACGUGUAUUUCCCAUACAUACUGUUUAUUACUACUGCUAUUAUUAUUAUUGUUCGUAAUUAUUGUGGAUGAUAUCUUUUCAUUCCAAGAUAUGUGUUAUGUUGUAUUUCACAAAAGCAUAGAAACUAUAAGACACCCUUA